AUGCAGAAUGGCGCGAAAUAUUCAGACAGUGAGAGCGAGCUGUCGGAGCCCGCAGAGCCCGUUGCUGCCUUAGCCUCGCCGUCACAUGUCGACAACGAGGAUGACGACGAACACAUGCCAGACCAUGAUGAACCCAGCUCCGAUGAGCAUGACGCUGAGGGUGAUGCCGACUAUGAGAUGGAUGCCUCUAUGCGGGUGAAUGGUGCACAAGCGGACGAAGGCCAUUCUUCCUCGGAUGAUUCCAUUAGACCUGCGAAGAGGAAAGCCCAUCCAGUCGAGGAAGAUGACUAUAUUCGGAACAACCCAGAAAUGUAUGGUCUGAGACGGAGUGGACGGGCACGACACGUUCCCAACAUGGCAGAAUCUUCUGAAGAGCAUGACUCGGACUCGGACGUUGUUGCUCGUCCCCGGAAGCGGGCGCGUCACAUAUCUCAACGCUCGUCAAAGCAGCCUACUCCCAUAGUCGAGUCUCCCUCCGACUCCGAUGACGAUUCUGAUGCUUAUGGCGGCCGACGCGCAAAGCUGUCCAAGAAACAGCGUCGGAGGUUGUUACAGUCUGCCGAGAGCCUGACACCUCAACACGCUGAAAUCCGCUUCUCCACUCGUCGAGCUGCCAAAGUAUCUACUUACAAUGAAGACGACGAUGACGAUAUGUUCGAAGACGAUGAUCCCGAGACAAUGACUCCAAACUACUGGGUCAACGGUCAAGAAGACAACUCGCCCGCCAUUGACAUUGUCUUGAAUCAUCGUCUCAAGGCUGACGUUACCACCCCGACGCACUCCAAGGACGAGUACGAGUAUCUUAUCAAAUGGCAGCAGAAAGCCUACUACCACGCUACGUGGGAGACGAUUGAGUCGCUUGCUGGCGUCCGGAGUGUCCGGCGGCUGGAAAACUACAUCAAGAAGACCUUGAUGGAAGAUAUUCGCAGUCAGACCGAUCCCACCAUCGCGCCAGAAGAUAAAGAAAAGUGGAUUCUUGAUCGUGAGCAAUACAUCGAUGCCCUCGACGAUUACAAGAAGGUCGAAAGAGUUAUUGGAGAUCGCGAUGGUGAAGAAGGCACUGAAUACUACGUCAAGUGGAAAGGUCUCUUCUAUGACCAGGCAACCUGGGAGGCAUCAAGCCUAAUCAGUCAGAUCGCGCAAAACGAGAUCGACAGAUAUAUCAACCGCAGACGAGAAGAGUUCAAGUCUAACCAGACUGAGAGUAACGCCUCGACUCGUUCACCAUUUCAACCAGUGCGGGAUCAGCCAUCCUACAUCAAGGGCGGUACACUCAGAGACUUCCAGAUGACCGGCUUGAACUUUCUUGCCUACAACUGGGUCAAAGGGAAAAAUGUCGUUCUCGCCGACGAGAUGGGUCUCGGCAAGACUGUCCAAACUGUUGCAUUCCUGAGCUGGCUUCGACAUGAUCGCGGUCAGCAAGGACCUUUCCUUGUCACCGUCCCCCUGUCAACUAUGCCGGCCUGGGCAGAAACUUUCGAUCUAUGGUCCCCUGACCUCAACUACGUGGUCUACAACGGCAACCAAAGCGCUCGAAAUAUCAUCAGAGAUUACGAGCUGCUCCCAGAUGGAAACUUCCGCCAUCCGCGCUUUCAUGUUCUUCUCACAACUUACGAGUAUGUGUUGCAAGAUGCGCCAUUCCUGAGUCAGAUUAAGUGGCAAUUCAUGGCUGUCGAUGAAGCCCACCGUCUUAAGAAUCGUGAUUCUCAGCUGUACGACCGGUUACGGGAAUUCAAAGCCCCAGCUCGACUGCUUAUCACCGGUACUCCUGUACAGAACAACCUCGGGGAGCUUUCUGCCUUGUUUGACUUCUUGAACCCUGGUGUUGUCAACAUCGACGAGAACAUGGACCUGACCAACGAAGAAGCAAGUGCUAAGAUAGCCAAACUCACCGAAGACAUCAAGCCCUAUAUGCUUCGAAGAACCAAGCAGAAAGUGGAGAAAGACUUGCCACCAAAGACGGAAAAGAUCAUUCGCGUCGAAUUGUCUGACAUUCAGCUUGAAUAUUACAAGAACAUUCUGACCAAGAACUAUGCCGCCCUCAACCAAGGUGCCAAAGGUCAGAAACAGUCGCUCCUAAAUAUUAUGAUGGAGCUGAAGAAGGCCAGCAAUCAUCCAUUCAUGUUCCCCACUGCCGAGGAACGUCUUGUCCCAGAAGGCGCUCGCCGUGAGGAGGUCUUGCGUGCUCUUGUCACGAGUAGUGGCAAGAUGAUGCUUCUGGACCAACUUCUCACAAAGCUCAAACGUGACGGGCACCGCGUCUUGAUAUUCAGUCAGAUGGUCAGAAUGCUCGACAUACUCGGAGACUAUAUGGAUUACCGAGGUCAUGCCUAUCAACGUCUUGAUGGUACUAUCGCCGCUGCUCCUCGGCGUAUCGCCAUAGACCAUUUCAAUGCCCCGGACAGCACUGAUUUCUGCUUCUUGCUCUCCACCCGAGCUGGUGGUCUCGGGAUCAACUUGAUGACCGCCGACACAGUCAUCAUCUUCGACUCUGACUGGAACCCACAGGCAGACCUUCAAGCAAUGGCUCGCGCUCACCGGAUUGGCCAAGUCAGACCAGUAAGUGUGUACCGCUUAGUCUCCAAGGAGACCAUCGAGGAAGAAAUCCUUGAGCGUGCCAGAAACAAAUUGAUGCUUGAAUUUUUGACCAUUCAACGUGGUGUCACCGACAAGGAGACACAAGCCCGACGAAACGCCUUUGUGGGAGAACCAGGCAGUUCUAGCGAGAUCUCCAGGAUCCUCAAGAAACGUGGCCAGAAAAUGUUUGAGCAGACGGACAACCAGAAGAAGCUUGAGGAGCUAGACCUGGACGCUGUGCUCAACAACGCCGAAGACUACAAAGUUGAACAACCGGACGGCACCGACGCCGAUGGCGGCGAAGAGUUUCUGCGAAGCUUCGACUUUGUCGACGUGAAGGUCGAUGAACUAUCCUGGGACGACAUCAUCCCUAAGGAACAACUAGAGGAAAUUAAAAAGGAGGAGCAGCGAAAAGCUGAUGAGAAGUUCCUUGCCGAUGUCAUUGAACAGAACAAACCCCGAAGCCGAAAUCACCAGGUGGAGGACCGUGAAGCGCGCAAGGCUCGACGUCAGGAGCAACGCCACAAAGAUAUUGACUCUGAGAGCGAAUCCGAUGAAGGUCCCAAGGCGGAUCCUUCGCGCCCACUGAGUGAACGUGAAUAUCGAUAUCUUAUCAAAGGCCACCUCCGCUACGGCUCGAUUGAUGAUCGCCAAGAAGAGUUUUUGACAGAAGCCCGGCUUCGAGGUAGAGACAUCUCGGUUGUCAAAGCUGCCAUGCAAGAGGUCUGGGACAAGUCGGAGGAGCUCUUCAAGGAAGAGCAGAAACGGAUGGCCGAUCUGGAACGGACAUCGAAUCGACCGAUCACCAAGAAAGACAAGAAAGCGGUCUUGUUCGAGUUACAUGGCGUUAAAAGAAUCAACGCUGAGACCAUUCUUGAGCGACCUGGAGAGAUGCGUCUCCUCCGAGAUGUUACGUCAAAAGACCCAGACUUCAAAUCAUUCCGUAUCCCAGAAGCGACCAAGGCUGCGGGAUAUUCUUGUCCGUGGGGUGCAAGAGAAGAUGGCAUGCUAUGCGUGGGUAUUGCCCGACACGGCUACGGUGCUUGGGAAAAGAUCCGUGACGACCCCGACCUCGGGUUGAAAGACAAAUUCUUCCUCGAAGAGCAUCGCGUCGACAAAAAGGCAGAACGCGAGAGAACCGAGGACAAAAACGCGAAGUCCCCUGGUGCUGUCCACCUUGUUCGCCGCGCCGACUAUCUCAUCUCCGUCUUAAAGAGCAAGUACGCAGACGACCCCGUCGCCAAGCGAGCCGUUGAAAACCACCACCGCAACAACAAGAAGUAUCACGCCGAGAAAUCUGGUUCAUCUCCCGCCCCGAUUGUAAAUCGCAAGGGACACCGUGAGUCCGAGAAGCCUCGACAUAGAGCAGUCAGUCAGACUCAUCGUGAGGGCUCUGAGAGAUAUGGAACUCCCAAAUCUGAGAGUCGUCACGGUCAUGUCAAACAUGAGGGUGAGGGCAGAGAACAUAAAGAGCGCAGACACCGUGAUGAACAUGCCCACAGCUCUCACCAUCGGCACGGCAGCGACCACCGACGAACUGAAAAUUCAACCAAUGCCGCCUCAGCCGAAGUUGAUCCUCUCUUGGACAUGUUGUUCAAGCCUGUUAGGGAAAGCUUGAGAAAGAUCAAAGCUACAACAAAGAGUGCCAUCCCGGAUGGCCAGACCCGGGCUAAUGAGCUACGAGUGUUGCUCAAGCAGAUUGGGAAUUUCAUCACCGACCAAGUUGCCGAGCUCGACGACAACCAAGAGUCGGUGGAGAAGCGCUUCUGGGACUAUGCCGCUACAUACUGGCCCAACAAGGGCAUUAAAGGCAAAGAGCUUCAAAACAUCCAUGGCAAGAUCGUUGCUUCGGACAACAAGCUUGCGGACGAGGGUUCACCCAAUGAUGAAUCCAGUAAUGUCGAUGGUCGAGCGACGAACGGGAGCUAUCAGACUUCGCCUCCGCGUUAG